GUCUUCAAGAUAAGCCAUCCCUAGGCCCCUCUGCAUAAGGACCAGCACUGAGUCUGUUAAUAGAAUGUCAUUUUGUAACUUCAAACUCCACAAUCUCUGCUCAGAUCCGGGCACAUUCUGAACACUGGAGGAUAUAGUAUAUUGUCUAUUCAGUUUACAAAAAUCAAAAUCCUCUAAACUAAAUCUUGUGUAGCAAAGUCAGAUUACACAAUGAUACAAAAAGUAGACAUACAAGUCCAUAGGUGCCCAUUUACAUCUUGCCAUGAUCCCAAAAAGCUAAAUAUCUACUGUCAAGUUAAAGUAUUUAAAGUUCCGAAAUUGCUAUUGAGAAUCACAUCUUGAACUUGCUUAUAAGCAAUACAUUUGCAGAAAAAAGUCAAGCCCAUUACAUCAGUAGAAAAUUAGUAUGGAAAUGUGUAACAUUCUCCGAAAGACACCACUCCAAGAUGUAGCUGCAGUAGAGUUAGCAUUGUAUACAAAUCACAGCGUACAAGGACGAAAUAGUCAACUUGAUGAUAGGCCAAUACAGCAGAACAUUGGACUGGAAAUGUGUAACAUUCUCCGAAACGCACCACUCCAAGAUGUAGCUGCAGUAGAGUUAGCAUUGUAUACAAAUCACAGCGUACAAGGACGAAAUAGUCAACUUGAUGAUAGGCCAAUACAGCAGAACAUUGGACUUGAAAUGUGUAACAUUCUCCGAAACACAACACUCCAAGAACUAGCGUAGUGCACAAAUCUGUGGACAAGACUUUCUAGCCUGUAGGUAGUCAGGCACUCCAGUUGCCUUGUCUAAGCCUGUAUGCGGAAUAAGAUCCAUGUAUUUGCUUGAACUGUAAUUCAUGAAUAGCUGAAUGUAGACUGUCAAGUGAAGGAGUGUGGAGAGAAUGCAUGAAAGUGGAUCCACCAGUGACGAAUUUCCGGACCAACUGUUUGCGUGUGUUCAGCGAUUGUCCACCAAGGAGAGCUCCUAUGUACGUGCAAGGAGGAACAGGCAGUACCAUGGCAUUAGACACAGACAAGCUCUUCGAUGAGUUUCACCCCGAAGUUGAUUCUUCAACAGCCUCAUCUAUCUAUUUAAAAUGGACGCUUGAAGAGACUGCCAUGCCGUACAUUCAAAGAUUUCAGGUGCAUUAUCAGAAAGUGGCAAGUACAUAUGUUCAAUACAGCAACAUGCUACCUGCAACUUCUACAGGAUAUAAUAUUCGUAACUUGGUAGCUGAUACUUACUAUAAGGUGUGUGUUGUGCUGUAUCGUAAUGAUACAACCUCGCCAUUGCGACAGUGCGUGGAUGCGAAUACGACGAGUUGGCAUAUUCCUGUUUCCAUUGGCAGUAGUAUUGGAGCAAUUUUAGCUUUGUCUAUCAUCGUGCUGAUUGUGCUUCUCUCUCGAUGUCCGUCGCUUAUUCGGCAACAGCGACAAGUCGCUUCUGACUCCAGCAAAUAUGACAGCAUGUCGUCUCAUUUCCCUGAAGAUCAUUACGAAAUGAGUGACACCACAAUGCCUGGGCAUGAAAAUGAGGAAGAAUUGACAUCGGAACAUAAAGUUCAUGUACAUGUGUUUGACGACGGUUCAGGACGUGACCAUUUGCAGGAGCGGAAAUAUCGCCCUGCAACAGAUCCGUUGUGUAACGGAAAUCGUAAUCACGUGACUCAUCACUCAGGGAGCAAUCGAUCUCAGUCACAAACUGAACGGAGCUCAAGUCAUCACCAUCAUCAUCAUCGACAUCCCCAUCCCCAUCUUCAAGCCAUGCGCACACAUCACCACUCCCUUGUGCUGGAGCAUCACCCAAUACCACAGCUCACUCAAACAAACUCAUUGGACGACCAAAUAAGCCUGAAGGAUUACACUGUAUAGGAACCAACUCUUGUUUGUUACCCCCAGUUGAGCUCACUACCCUACCGGGUACCGCACUGUGUAUUCACCUCAAUGGAUUUAACAUCCAUGUUUCAAUGGAAUAGUUAUGUCCAUGGAUUAUUGUAUAACAGAUCGACAGAGAUUUGAACACGACAGCAUUACAAGAGUCACUGUUGUUCAAAUAACAGGCAUUUUUAAUGUAAUACGUUUUGUAAACAGGUUAGGUUUUCAAGUCUCUUUGAUUGUCACAUUACUUUUUUAUCACCGAGUAAACUAUACGACUCAAAAGAAGUUAAAGAACACCCAAUUUUUUUAUAUGACUAAAGUUAAUCUGUCAUGGCUGGUUUGUCUUGCAACACACAGCCUUCCAAUUGUGGGUGUUCCUUAACUUGUUUUGAGUAGUAUAUAUACACCAAGUCAUUCCAAACCUCAAAAUAAGGGCAGCAAGGCUCAGGCUAUUUGGCAAGCCCAGCAAAUACAAUUCAAGUACCUUAAACGCCACUUUGCAUGCUGGCUAGUUCAAAUUUUAUGCAGCAUACUACUAAGUUAAGGACCACUUGAUUCUUUCAUAUUACUACAGGAAAUUUGUCAAGUAUCGAGUGGUCCUUUCUUUUUUUAGUAGUAUAUCUCAAUCUAGCCAUUGAUGAUGACACUGAUUACAAUGUCUCCAUCAUAAAGUCAUGAAAUAGUAGAAACAGGCAGAAAUAGUGAACCAAACCAUGGAGAAGAGUACCAUUUAAAAGUCAAUCAAAACUUACUUCAUGGAAAUCUAUAUAUUGAAAUAAAAUUUAAAAUCCUUUCCCUGCUAAUACAACUAUGAAAGAAACAUUUAAAACAGUUUAAAGAUGUUGUUUUCUAUGUAAAUAUUUUUCGUCUUAUUGUUGUAUGAAAUUGGACUUGUUCAUUUACAUUUUACUUACCGUAUUCGACGCAAUAAGCACCACACUCUU